GCCGGGCCGGGUCGGGUCGGGCCGGGCCGCGGACGCCCGCCUUAAGUCGCUCCGAGGACGGUGGGGCGCGGCGAUCGGCGGGGUCGGCGGCGCGGGGGGCCGCGGGCCCAGGCCUCAACUUCCCCGAUGGCGCAGGUAUCGGGGGAAGUGGACAACAUGGAGGGCCUGGGCACCCCCAACAACAACAACAACAACCCUGCCAGCCGCUGGGAGAGUCCAGAUCGCGGCUGGGAACGGGAGCCACCCGCUGCUUCCACUGCUGCGGCCUCGCUCUUUGAGUGCUCCCGGAUCAAAGCUUUGGCAGAUGAGCGGGAAGCUGUGCAGAAGAAAACCUUCACCAAGUGGGUCAACUCGCACCUGGCUCGCGUUGGCUGUCACAUCGUGGACCUCUAUGCCGACCUCCGCGACGGCUUCGUACUCACACGGCUCCUGGAAGUGCUGUCUGGGGAGCAGUUGCCAAGGCCCACACGCGGUCGCAUGAGGAUCCACUCCCUGGAAAAUGUCGACAAGGCCUUGCAGUUUCUGAAGGAGCAGCGCGUGCACCUGGAAAACGUGGGCUCGCAUGACAUUGUGGAUGGGAACCACCGGCUCACCCUGGGACUCGUCUGGACCAUCAUCCUGCGCUUUCAGAUCCAAGUCAUCAAAAUUGAAACUGAGGACAACAGGGAGACGCGCUCAGCCAAGGACGCGCUGCUCUUAUGGUGCCAGAUGAAGACAGCUGGUUAUCCUGAGGUGAACAUCCAGAACUUCACCACCAGCUGGCGGGAUGGCUUGGCCUUCAAUGCCCUCAUUCACCGACACAGGCCUGAUCUCGUGGACUUCAGCAAACUCACCAAGUCCAACGCCAACUACAACUUGCAGAGAGCCUUCCGCACAGCUGAGCAGCAUCUGGGUCUGACCCGCCUGCUGGAUCCUGAGGAUGUGAACAUGGAGGCCCCAGAUGAGAAGUCCAUCAUCACCUACGUGGUCUCUUUCUACCACUAUUUCUCUAAGAUGAAGGCUCUGGCAGUGGAAGGGAAGAGGAUCGGAAAGGUCCUGGACCAGGUUUUGGAGGUAGGCAAGAUUAUUGAGCGCUACGAGGAGUUAGCGGCCGAACUGCUGGCCUGGAUUCAGCGCACCGUGGGCCUCAUCAGCAACCAGAAGUUCGCCAACUCGUUGAGUGGGGUGCAGCAGCAACUUCAGGCCUUCACGGCUUACUGUACGCUGGAGAAGCCAGUCAAGUUUCAGGAGAAGGGGAAUCUGGAAGUGCUGCUCUUCAGCAUCCAGAGCAAGCUGCGGGCCUGCAACCGUCGCCUCUUUGUACCUCGGGAGGGCUGUGGCAUCUGGGACAUAGACAAGGCUUGGGGCCAGCUGGAGAAGGCAGAGCACGAGCGGGAGGCUGCCCUGCGGGCCGAGCUCAUCAGGCAGGAGAAGCUGGAGUUACUGGCCCAGAGGUUUGACCACAAAGUGGCUAUGAGAGAGAGCUGGCUGAACGAGAACCAGCGUUUGGUGUCCCAGGACAAUUUUGGCUAUGAGCUGCCGGCAGUGGAGGCGGCUAUGAAGAAGCAUGAGGCCAUUGAGGCCGACAUCGCAGCCUAUGAGGAACGGGUGCAAGGAGUGGCUGAGCUGGCAGAGGCCCUAGCGACAGAGGGUUAUUAUGAUGCCCGCCGGGUGGCUGCCCAACGCGACAGCGUCCUGCGCCAGUGGGCCCUGCUCACUGGACUUGUGGGUGCCCGACGAACCCGGCUAGAGCAGAAUCUGGCACUGCAGAAGGUCUUCCAGGAGAUGGUGUACAUGGUGGACUGGAUGGAGGACAUGCAGGCUCAACUGCUGUCCCGCGAGUGUGGCCAGCACCUGGUGGAGGCCGAGGACCUGUUACAGAAGCACGGACUGUUGGAAGGGGACAUUGCGGCCCAGAGCGAGCGGGUGGAGGCGCUCAACGCCGCUGCCCUGCGUUUCUCUCAGCUGCAGGGCUACCAGCCGUGCGACCCGCAGGUCAUCUGCAACCGCGUGAGCCAUGUGCACGGCUGCCUAGCGGAGCUGCAGGAGCAGGCGGCACGACGGCGCGCGGACCUCGAGGCCUCGCGGAGCCUCUGGGCGCUGCUGCAGGAGCUGGAGGAGGCCGAGAGCUGGGCGCGGGACAAGGAGCGUCUCCUGGAGGCGGCGGCGGCGGCGGCCAGCGGCACGGCGGGGGCGGCGGGGCCGGCGGGCGGCGCGCACGACCUGUCCAGCACCGCGCGCCUCCUGGCGCAGCACAAGAUCCUGCAGGGCGAGCUGGGAGGGCGGCGGGCGCUGCUGCAACAGGCCCUGCGGCGCGGCGAGGAGCUGGCCGCGGGCGGCGUGGCGGUGGGCGCGGGCGCGGGCGCGGACCCGGCGCCGCUGGCGGGGCUGGCGGAGCGCGCCACGAGCGCGCGACGGCGCUGGCAGCGGCUGGAGGAGGCGGCGGCGAGGCGCGAACGGCGGCUGCAGGAGGCGCGGGCGCUGCACCAGUUCGGCGCCGACCUCGACGGGCUCCUGGACUGGCUGCGCGACGCCUACCGCCUCGCCGCCGCGGGCGACUUCGGCCACGACGAGGCUUCCAGCCGCCGCCUGGCGCGCCAGCACCGCGCGCUCACCGGCGAGGUGGAGGCGCACCGCGGGCCCGUGGGCAGCUUGCGGCGCCAGCUGGCCAACCUGGGGGGUGCCGGCGGCGCGGGGCCCCUGGUCGUGGCUCUGCAAGUGCGCGUGGUGGAGGCCGAGCAGUUGUUCGCCGAGGUGACCGAGGUGGCCGCGCUGCGACGCCAGUGGCUGCGGGAUGCCUUGGCCGUCUACCGCAUGUUCGGCGAGGUGCACGCGUGCGAGCUGUGGAUCGGCGAGAAGGAGCAGUGGCUGCUCGCCAUGCGCGUGCCGGACUCACUCGACGACGUCGAGGUGGUGCAGCAUCGGUUUGAGAGUCUGGACCAGGAGAUGAACAGCCUGAUGGGCCGAGUCCUGGAUGUGAACGUCACCGUCCAGGAACUGGUGGAAGGAGGUCAUCCCAGCUCCGAUGAGGUGCGCUCCUGCCAGGAUCACCUAAACAGCAGAUGGAACCGCAUCGUGGAGUUGGUGGAACAGCGCAAAGAGGAGAUGAGCGCGGUGCUACUGGUGGAAAACCAUGUGCUGGAGGUGGCCGAGGUGCGCUCGCAGGUGCGCGAGAAGCGGAGGGCAGUGGAGAGUGCUCCCCGAGCCGGGGGCGCCCUGCAGUGGCGCCUGAGCGGCCUGGAGGCGGCCCUGCAAGCACUGGAGCCCCGCCAGGCAGCCCUCCUGGAGGAGGCGGCCCUGCUGGCAGAGCGCUUCCCAGCGCAGGCGACGCGGCUGCACCAGGGCGCGGAGGAGCUGGGCGCCGAGUGGGGCGCGCUGGCCAGCUCGGCCCAGGCGUGUGGCGAGGCGGUGGCAGCCGCCGGGCGCCUGCAGCGCUUCCUGCACGACUUGGACGCUUUCCUGGACUGGCUGGUGCGCGCCCAGGAGGCGGCGAGCGAGGGGCCGCUGCCCGGGAGCCUGGAAGAGGCGGACGCGCUGCUGACGCGCCACGCGGCGCUCAAGGAAGAAGUGGACCAGCGCGAGGAGGACUAUGCGCGCAUCGUGGCGGCCAGCGAGGCGCUGCUGGCUGGCGACGGCGCCGAGCUGGGCCCGGGUCUGGCGCUCGACGAGUGGCUGCCGCACCUGGAAGUCGGCUGGCACAAGCUGCUGGGCCUUUGGGAGGAGCGCAGGGAGGCGCUGGUCCAGGCACACGUCUACCAGCUCUUCCUGCGGGACUUACGGCAGGCGUGCGCUGUGCUACGCAACCAGGAGGUGGCCUUGUCGGGAAUGGAGCUCCCGGGCACGGUGGAGUCGGUGGUGGAGGCAUUGAAACAGCACCGGGAUUUCCUCACCACCAUGGAACUGAACCAGCAGAAGAUGCAGGUGGCCGUGCAGGCUGCCCAAGGCCUGCUUCGGCAGGGCAAUGUCUACGGGGCGCAGGCGCAGGAGGCUGUGACACGGAUGCUGGAGAAGAGCCAAGAAAACCAACUGCGGGCCCAUCAGUGGAUGGAGAAGCUUCACGACCAACUCGGACUGCAGCACUUCCUGCGAGACUGCCACGAGCUGGAUGGCUGGGUCCGUGAGAAGAUGCUGAUGGCGCGCGAUGGUUCACGGGGAGACGGCCACAAGCUGCACAAGCGAUGGCUCCGGCACCAGGCAUUCAUGGCCGAGCUGGCACAGAAUAAAGAGUGGCUGGAGAAGAUUGAGCGGGAGGGUCAACAGUUGAUGCAAGAGAAGCCGGAGCUGGCAGCCUCAGUAAGGAAGAAGCUCGGGGAGAUCCGGCAGUGCUGGGCCGAGCUAGAGAGCACCACACAGGCCAAGGCGCGCCAGCUCUUCGAGGCCAGCAAGGCCGACCAGCUGGUGCAGAGCUUCGCUGAGCUGGACAAGAGGCUCCUUCACAUGGAGAGCCAGCUUCAGGACGUGGGCCCCGGCGGUGACCUGGCCACAGUUAACAGCCAACUCAAGAAGCUGCAGUCGAUGGAGUCGCAGGUGGAGGAGUGGUACCGCGAGGUGGGCGAGUUGCAGGCACAGACGGCGGCGCUGCCCCUGGAGCCGGCCAGUAAGGAGCUGGUGGGCGAGAAGCAGAACGCGGUGGGCGAGCGCCUGGUGCGCCUGCUCGAGCCCCUGCAGGAGCGCCGCCGGCUGCUGCUCGCCUCCAAGGAGCUGCACCAGGUGGCGCACGACCUGGACGACGAGCUGGCAUGGGUUCAGGAGCGACUGCCACUGGCCAUGCAGACAGAACGAGGCAAUGGUCUGCAGGCUGUGCAGCAGCACAUGAAAAAGAACCAGGGCCUGCGACGGGAGAUCCAGGCCCAUGGGCCGCGCCUGGAGGAGGUGCUGGAGCGCGCGGGCGCGCUGGCCUCGCUCCGCAGCCCCGACGCCGAGGCCGUGCGCCACGGCCAGGAGCAGCUGCAGAGCGCCUGGGUCGGCCUGCAGGAGGCGGCCGAGCGGCGGCAGCAGAUGCUGGACGCCGCCUUCCAGGUGGAGCAGUACUACUUCGACGUGGCCGAGGUGGAGGCGUGGCUGGGCGAGCAGGAGCUGCUCAUGAUGAGUGAGGACAAGGGCAAGGACGAGCAGAGCACGCUGCAGCUGCUCAAGAAACACCUGCAGCUGGAGCAGGGCGUGGAGAACUAUGAGGAAAGCAUCGCGCAGCUGUCGCGCCAGUGCCGGGCGCUGCUGGAGAUGGGCCACCCGGACAGCGAGCAGAUCAGCCGGCGACAGUCUCAGGUGGACCGACUGUACGUGGCGCUCAAGGAGCUGGGCGAGGAGCGGCGGGUGCGCCUGGAGCAGCAGUACUGGCUGUACCAGCUCAGCCGCCAGGUGGACGAGCUGGAGCACUGGAUAGCCGAGAAAGAGGUGGUGGCGGGCUCCCCUGAACUCGGCCAGGACUUUGAGCACGUUACGGUGCUGCAGGAGAAGUUCUCUGAGUUCGCCAGCGAGACGGGCACAGCAGGGCGGGAGAGGCUGGCAGCCGUGAACCAGAUGGUGGACGAGCUCAUCGAGUGUGGCCACACGGCAGCGGCCACCAUGGCCGAGUGGAAGGACGGGCUAAACGAGUCAUGGGCCGAGCUGCUCGAGCUGAUGGGCACGCGGGCACAGCUGCUGGCUGCCUCCCGGGAGCUGCAUAAGUUCUUCAGCGAUGCUCGAGAGCUGCAGGGACAGAUAGAGGAGAAGCGCAGGCGGCUGCCCCGCCUGACUGCACCCCCAGAGCCCAGACCCAGUGCCAGCUCCAUGCAGCGAACGCUGCGUGCCUUCGAGCAUGACCUGCAGCUUCUCGUGUCCCAGGUGCGGCAGCUGCAGGAGGGGGCGGCACAACUGAGGACCGUGUAUGCGGGGGAACAUGCGGAGGCCAUCGCCAGCCGGGAGCAGGAGGUGCUGCAGGGCUGGAAGGAGCUACUGGCCGCCUGCGAGGAUGCGAGGCUGCAUGUCAGUUCCACGGCCGACGCCCUGCGCUUCCACAGCCAGGCCCGGGACCUGCUCUCCUGGAUGGACGGCAUCGCGGGCCAGAUCGGGGCUGCUGACAAACCCAGGGAUGUGUCCUCGGUGGAGGUGCUCAUGAACUACCACCAGGGCCUGAAGACAGAGCUGGAAGCAAGGGAGCCCGAGCUGACAGCCUGCCAGGAGCUGGGACACUCUCUGCUGCUCAACAAGAGCGCCAUGGCCGACGAGAUCCAGGCACAACUGGACAAGCUGAGAACCAGGAAGGAGGAGGUGUCGGAGAAGUGGGACCGCCACUGGGGAUGGCUGCAGCAGAUGCUGGAGGUACACCAGUUUGCCCAGGAGGCAGUAGUGGCAGACGCCUGGCUCACGGCGCAGGAGCCCAUACUGCAGAGUGCAGAGCUAGGCAGCAGUGUGGAUGAGGUGGAACAGCUUAUCCGGCGACACGAGGCCUUCCGAAAAGCAGCCGCGGCCUGGGAAGAGAGGUUCAGCUCUCUGCGGCGCCUGACCACGAUCGAGAAGCUCAAGGCCGAGCAGAGCAAGCAGCCGCCCACGCCUUUGCUGGGGCGCAAGUUCUUCGGAGACCCCGCGGACCUGGCCGCCAAGGCCGCGCCCCUGUUGCGGCCGGCGAGCUACGAGCGGGCCUUGGAGCCCCUGGCCCGCCGGGCCUCCGACACGCUGUCGGCCGAGGUGCGGACCCGGGUGGGGUACGUGCGCCAGGAGCUCAAGCCCGAGCGCCUGCAGCCGCGCAUCGACCGGCUGCCCGAGGUCCCGGUGCGAGUGGAGCCCACGACCCCGCCGCCGCAGCCGUCAGCGGCCGCCCCCGAGGCCGCUCCCGAGGCCCCGGGGCCUCCUCCGGCCGUGGUGGAGCAGGUCCGAGUGCGGCCGGAGCGCCAGGAGUCGGCCGAGCAUCAUCGCGCGGAGGAGCUGCCCAGGAGGCGGCGGCCCGAGCGGCAAGAAUCGGUGGAUCAACCCGAGGAGACUGCGCGGAGACGGAGGUCAGAGCGACAAGAGUCUGCGGAGCAUGAGGCGGCUCACAGCUUGACGCUAGGCCGCUACGAACAGAUGGAGAGGCGACGGGAGCGGCGGGAACGGAGGUUGGAGCGACAAGAGUCCAGCGAGCAGGAGACGCCCGUCCGGGGAGAGCUGGUCAAGGGGAAGGCCACCUUGGCGGACAUUGUGGAGCAGCUGCAGGAAAAAGAAGCGGGCCCUGGGCUCCCUGCUGGGCCGUCGCUGCCACAGCCUCGCGAGCUUCCCCCGGGCCGCCUGCCCAACGGGCUGGAGCCGCCCGAUCGGACGCCCCGGCCCGACCGGCCGCGGGCCAGGGACCGACCCAAGCCACGACGGCGGCCACGGCCCCGAGAAGGCGGCGAGGGCGGGGGCAGCCGGCGCUCUCGCUCCGCCCCAGCCCAGGGAGGCUCCGCCCCCGCGCCGCCGGCCCCGCCCACACACACGGUGCAGCACGAGGGCUUCCUGCUGCGCAAGCGCGAGCUCGACGCGAACCGCAAGUCGUCCAACCGGUCGUGGGUGAGCCUGUACUGCGUGCUCAGCAAGGGGGAGCUCGGCUUCUACAAGGACUCCAAGGGCCCAGCAUCCGGGGGCACACACGGCGGGGAGCCUCUGUUCAACUUGCACAAGGCCACCAGCGAGGUGGCUAGUGACUACAAGAAGAAGAAGCAUGUCUUCAAACUCCAGACCCAGGAUGGCAGUGAAUUUCUUCUCCAGGCUAAGGAUGAGGAGGAGAUGAACGGCUGGCUAGAGGCCGUGGCCGCCUCUGUCGGGGAGCACGCCGAGAUUGCCCGCUGGGGACAGACACUACCCACCACCUCUUCCACCGACGAGGGCAACCCCAAGAAGGAAGCUGGGGAGCGCCGGGCCAGCGGGCGUCGGAAGUGACCUCCGGUCCCCAAGACCUGCCUGGGCCCCUUGCGGGUCCUCUCCACACUGUGGGCACAAAGACACUUUCUUCCGCAGGGGCAGGAGCCCCUGAAUGCACCAACCAACGCUGCGGCCGCGCCAGGACGAGCACUGGAGAGGAGGGGACUCCUCCCACACCCCCAAAAGUGGUGGUGGUGGUGGGGUAGCUGCCCCUAUAGCCAUAUCUCGGCCCCUUCCUGCUCGCCACCCCACCCCCCCAGGUGCUGGGGCUCCAUUAUUUUUAUGCAAUAACUGAGCUGGGGGUCGGGGUAGGGGUGGGGUAGGGGCCAGUUGAGCCAAGCCCCCUCACCCCAGCUUCAGAUCCUGCCCCAAGGAGCUGGGGGUGGUGGUAGGAGGGGGGAAAUUCCUGCCCCCUUCCCCUCUCCGCUCUCGGGAAUAGCAAGGGGGCGCUGGUGAGGUCCCCUGGACCAUCCAGGGUGCUAGGGGGUGGGGAGGGGACGCCCCUUCUCGCCUUUACCUCACUUCCAAAGCUGCCUUGAUCUCUUGUCUGGGAAGGGGGGGAGUCGAAGGGGCCCCAACCUCCCCACGCUCCGUCGCCUCAGAGCCAUGCGGUUGAUUGAUCCCUGAUCUAGUUUUAUUUUUGCAAAACGUCGAACCCCCCUUUCGCCCCCAACCCGCAUCAGCGAAGGCUUCUCUCGGGAGGGGCGUCCGAGCUCGAAGAAACUGUCCCCUCUUUGCUCCUCCAAACUCCAGCGGUAAAAUGCCACUUGGGGAGGGGAGAGAGAGGGGCAGGGUCGCCCCCUCCCCGCCCCUGCAUGCUUCUGGCUGGAGCACCUCCCUGGGGAGUAGGGGAACAGGGUUAGCGGGCAGCCCCCCCAGGCACACAGCGGCGAGGGGCGGUGUGGCCUACAAUAAAUCCUUUGGCUUUGACAGUC